AUGGCUGAUUCUGCUGUUAGUGUACAGGUGGCUUUAAGGAUAAGGCCUUUAGUCAAAUCCGAAAUUUCUAAAGGAUAUGUUAAAUGCCUCGAAACAGUGCCAAAUAAACCUCAAGUUUUAAUAAAAAAUCUUUCUUUUACUUACAACCAUGUAUUUCCACCAGAAGUUUCGCAAGCUGAAUUUUAUGACACUGCUGUUAAGGGUUUAGUUGAUGGAUUGUUUAAGGGCUACAAUGUGACAAUAUUAGCUUAUGGUCAGACUGGCUCCGGAAAAACUCAUUCCAUGGGCAUGGCUUAUUCAGUUGGACCAGUCGAGGAGAUGGGUGUUAUACCAAGAGCAGUAUCAUUUAUGGAAUUAUAUCAAGAACAAUUAUUUGAUCUUUUAUCAAAAUCAAAUAGAGAUCAAAGUAUAGUUGAUAUCAGAGAAGAUCAACAAAAAAGAAUUGUAAUUCCUGGAUUAACCGAAAUUGAAGUACGUAAUGCAAAAGAUACAUUAGAUUGUUUAGUUAGAGGAUAUCGUCGCAGAGCUGUAGGUGCAACUGCAAUGAACAGUCAAUCCAAAAAUCAAGAUCAACAAGAUAACCAUUUAUCUCAGCAGGCAGCUUUAACAACAGGGCUCCAACAAUUAAAUAAGGAAUUGGCUUGGAAGCGAACAUUAGUGGCACAAGUUGCACAAAAAGUGAAUAUGCCAAUACCUGAACCUAAAUAUGCUCCAAAAGACUUAUUUGAUAUGAUUGCUGACCCAAGGCGUUCAGUUGAUGCCCAUAAAGAGCGCGGUACUGAACUGGAGAAUCAGCUAACAGAAGCAGUGGCGAAAGUUGCUCAAUGUCAACAGGAAAUGGAUAAGCUACGUGAGCAACAUAGACAUGAAUUGGCUGAAUUAAUGACAUAUGGAAACAGAAAUGAUAUUAAGAAUUGUAGAACACCUGAAAAAAAGGCUAAGAAAAUGAAAAAAAGAUCCAGAUCAUCUUAA